AUGCUGCUUAUAUUCAAGAUAACAAUUUUUUAUUCUGAAUAUGAAGAUGCUAAACAUUCAUUAAAAUUAAACAAAGAUCAAAAUUUUAAAACACUUCAUCUUGGUUUUAUUGAACAAUUUAUUCAAGAAGCAAUAGAAGAUCAUAAACAAAUUCUUCUUGAUUAUUUAAAUUCAAAAUUGUUAAUAGAAAACAAAAUUAAUUAUAUGAAAAAAUGGCGAAAACAAGAUGGAACAACUAAAAAUUUAAUAGAAAAUCUUCAAGAAAUUAUUGACAAAAAAGUUUUGAUGAUUGAAAUUCCAGCUAUUCUUUAUCAAAUUCGUUAUUUAUUACGAGCAUUUUUUGAAAAUAAAAAAGAUAAAAAAUUAUUUUAG